UGCACCAGGCUUGAGCUCGCCACUUGUCAUGUCGUGUCGUCGUAUAAGUCUAUUGAAAUUAAUUGAUUUGGCUGUAGGGUUUCCAGUCUCUGGUUCCGUUAAUUUCAAUUUGCUGCAUAAAAUCCUUUACAUUUUGGCUAUUCGAGGUCAGCCACACUCUUCCGAAUGUGAUGAAAUAGAGCUGAGCACUUCAACCGAUGUCAUUGCCGUGACUCUGAAUGGGAGCAAUGACCAGGACCAAGAGUUCAGCCGAACCCGUUUGAUGGUGCAACGGGUGCUGAACGGGACCGGUGACGAGCACUGGCUCAAGAUCACCGGGUCAAGGAUUGUUAUUCCCUGGGAAGACCGGCAACCAGCUGCGGCAGACUCGGAACGAAUCGAAACUCGAAUAAGCGCUAUGUCUUCCGUAGUUUCCGAGCUGGAGGAGAGGGUACAGGAAAUCACACAGAAGCCCGCCGAAAAUUGCAAUGAAAUUUUGAAAGAGCUACAGAAACGGAUGGAAACCUUAGAGGGCAUGGUGGAGCAUCAGACUGCCAAGGUAUCGAUUGAAGAUUUCCAACAAACAGAACCAUACGCGGAGGUUGCUGUUUUUAAUACACAGGGAGUUCACGAAUUAGAUCGUGUAACGCAGGAAAUUUGGGAUGCAAUUAGGUCCCUGCAAAGUACAGUAGGGCAACUGUUCUCAAAUGAUACAGAUUCGACAGCUAACGGUGAUAUUCAAUCACAUAUCAACAGAGUUGAAGACGGAAGUCAAAAUCAAACAUCAAAAGGAUUGAUGGAGAGAUCUAAUGAUCUAAAGCAAAGUCAAAAGGAUUCCGAGUCCAAGUCCGAAGAAGUGGAAGCAACAGUGCCAUCAGUUGAAAAGCAAUCUUAUGUAACGAAGUUGCUUCGAAUACUGCAACUGAAACAGACAAAACACGAGGAAUCACUCAAAACCAUAACUGAAGAACUAGGUAGAAUGCGACAAAAUUACCAAAGAUUGCUAGCCAAGCAGAAGGACCUUCAAAAUCAGUUUUCGAAAGGUAUACAACAAAUGCCAACUAGCCAGAAGUCACACGAGACCCGAAAACCACAAGACACUGAAACAUCGAAGAGAGCUCCAAUCGAAUUGGAAAAUACAACCGCUCAAGAUAACGAACUUUUUGAGGAUAACAAAACAGAUCAACAAGAGCCUAUGAAGGCAAUAGUACAAGGCAGCCGAACGGAAGCAACUUUAUCACACACUCAGUCUAUGGAAUGCGACUUCGAGCGUUUACAGGAAGUACAAUCUUGCACAUCGCGAAUCGAUCGUUUGGAGAACUUGGUGAGUCGCCUAUUCCAGGAGAAGACCGACGACGUUAACAUCGAUGCACGGGUCCGACAAUCGGUCCAGUUGGCAUCCAAGCAUUAUCGGCCUAGUAUUCCUUCGGUUCCGGCUGUCGGUCCCGAGGCACUUGCUCAGACGCGUCAACUUCUGGAAGAUCGGAUUUCGUCGCUUUGGGAUCAGUUGCAGUUGAACACAGCGGAAAUUUCAACACUCCGAGAGAUUUUGGAGACGAAAACGAACGAGGAACUGCUGCUUUCCUUUACGGCUGACAUCAACGAGCAACUUCGUCAGCUGAAGCUCGAUGUUCUGGCAUUUGGAAAAUCAGCCGAAAUGAGGGACGAUCGUGCCGCGGGUACCAAGAUGAAACCAUUACUCAACGUUCAGUGUAUUUCCUGUGAUAGGGAAGUCCCGAUGAAGGCCUGCGAAGAUGUGAUUCCGGUUCCUCCUACAGUCCGCUCCAGUCGUGUGGUAAAACCGAGCCUGCGAUACCGUUUGCAGGAGAUUCGGCGUAGCUUCCGACAAAGGCAGGGCAGUGCAACGUGUGAUUUGGAGAAAUUUGAAACACUGUAUCGUGAACUGGCGGUUUCCAAAUCGAAACGUAAGAAAUGAGUGGUUUUAACAAACCAGGCAAAUAAAGCUUAUAUGUUGUGGUUAGUAAAUGAUCUUGAACCCUAAUUAAGUAGUCAGGUAAACACCACUGGG